AUGUAUCAGGACAGACCUGUGGAUGUCGUGAAGGAAUGUUACAGUAGAUGGGGAGGCAUUCCACGCUAUGUCUUGCGCCAUGCUACGUCCAAGGCACGACAAAAGGAGCUCGAUGCGACGAUUGCGGUAUCCAGUUUUGACGCAAUUCUCAGAGCAAGUGUGGAAUCAAGCAGCGCAGAGUGCGAUGCGGUGCAUCUGUUGCUCCACUUUCGUGUCCACCCUGAGCGCUUCAGUCAUGAGGGUUUUGACUUUGCAUCGAAAUACGUCGCCGAGAAAGUUUUCAGGUUGCUGUAUGCGCGUCAUUGGGUGGAGCUAAUGGGUUUCCUUGCUAUUCCGAACCAAGUUGGUGGUCGUGCAGUGUACCGGGGAGCCUUGUUCGAGCGAUACGCGCACGCAGUGCUGUCGCAAGGUGGAGAAUUUCAAGGUCGGCGCCUGGUCCGAGGACAGAAGAAAGGUGCAGAAGGAGGUGAGCAUGCGAGCAAGGCAGAAGGCGUCGUUGGCGAGAGCGAGGGUGCGAUCAACAACGAAGAGAUAUGUGUGAGCUUGCCUGCACGAGAAACUGUUUUCUUCAAACGAGAUGAAGAUGUGACCGAUGUUGAUCCGUCAACAUAUCUGCAGCCCGCCUCAAGUAACGCUAUCUUAGUGGAUGCGAUGGCGAAACCCAACGACAUGUUUCAGCCAACCUGUGAACGAGUUCACCCUUGCAAGCAAGCAGGGCUUGUCGAGGCUCUAAAUUUGCUUGGCAACCCUGCUGCACCGAGGUUGUACUUUGUUGUUCCGCCCGACGUGUACGACGACUUCACAUACCAGAACUGUCAUGGUAGCGGGAGGAAGAAGGUGAAGCAUGAAGACGAUACGUUGGACGAGGUGGAGCAAUAUGUCAUCAAGGUCAACUACGCUCACGAGAUUCGUGCCGCGAAGAAAGGCGAUGAAAGUCGUGUGAGAUUCGUGCCGCGAAGAAAGGCGAUGAAAGUCGUGUGA